CGGGGCAAGCAGCUGUGCAACUCUCAAGGUGUCGAAGGUUCCAGGCCCGGAGAACAUUGAAGAUCCAUCCUCCUGCAUCCCCUUCUUGAAUAUACCACCACGAUACCGUAUCUCAGGACACCAAAUAACAAUCACAAUGCCGUUUGGACAGCUCGUCAUCGGCAGCCCUGGAGCGGGCAAGAGUACCUAUUGCGAUGGCAUGCACCAGUUCAUGGGCGCAAUCGGGCGGCAAUGCUCCGUCGUCAACCUCGACCCCGCCAACGACCGCACCAACUAUCCCUGCGCGCUCGACAUCCGCAGUCUUGUUACGCUGGAAGAGAUCAUGUCAGACGAUCGGCUCGGUCCCAACGGCGGUAUCCUGUAUGCGCUAGAAGAGCUGGAGAACAAUAUUGAGUGGUUAGAGGAGGGAUUGAAAGAGCUAGGCGAGGACUAUAUCCUAUUCGACUGCCCCGGCCAAGUCGAAUUGUACACCCACCACGCAUCCCUACGCAACAUCUUUUACCGGUUACAAAAGUUGGGAUACAGGCUCGUAGCAGUCCACCUCUCCGACUCGCUCUGCCUAACCCAGCCGUCCCUAUACAUCUCCAACCUCCUCCUCGCGCUGCGCGCCAUGCUGCAGAUGGACCUUCCGCACAUCAACGUGCUGACCAAAAUCGACAAGGUGUCGGCGUACGACCCGCUGCCGUUCCGCUUAGAGUACUACACCGAAGCGGAGAACCUAGAGUACCUCAUACCCUCCCUGGAGGCCGAGUCGCCGGCGCUGCGGAGCGAGAAGUUCGGGCGGUUGAAUCAGGCGGUGGCCGAAGUCGUCGAGCGGUUCGGGCUGGUCAGCUUCGAGGUGCUGGCCGUGGAGAACAAGAAGAGCAUGAUGCACCUCUUGCGGGUGAUUGACCGGGCCGGGGGGUACGUGUUUGGCGGCGCGGAGGGGACCAACGAUAGCAUCUGGCGGGUGGCGAUGCGAAACGAGGCGUCGAUGAUGGAUGUGCAGGAUAUCCAGGAGCGGUGGGUGGAUGAGAAGGACUUUUAUGACGAGCUGGAGCGGAAGGAGGAGGAGGAGCAGGACAAGCGCCGACAGGCGCAGGCCGAGGCAGCGGCCGAGUCAUCGGGCGGUGAUGCCCUGGACUCUUUGUUAGGUCCGCCGCAGCCGCCGGCAUCUGAUAGCGGUAUCCGGGUAGCGCGCAAGAAAAAGUAAUACUUAAUUCCACCAUCCUGUCCCGCCCACC